AACUGGGUCAAAAUUCAAAAUACACCACCUUAGCCAACCAAAACAUAAGUACUUUUCUUGGUUAUACAACUCUCGAUACUUGUCGGAUCUGACAACAUUAUUAACACUCAGAGAUCAAUCAAAACUGAAUACAUAUACACAUACAUAUAUUUGUAUUGAAUCAGAAAAGGAGACACACAAAAUGGAUGCCUUAAGGAAGCAAGCUAGUAAGCUCAGAGAGCAAGUUGCUAAACAACAACAGGCUGUAAUAAAGCAAUUUAGUGCAAGUGGUUAUGAAAGUUCAGAUGUCAUGGUUAUUGAUGAAGUGGAGUUGCAGAGACAUCAGCAUUUGGAAAAGCUGUACAGGUCUACUCGUUCUGGAAAGGAUUUUCAAAAGGAUAUUGUUAAGGCAGCAGAGGCAUUUACAGCCGUUGGGUAUAAACAUAUUGAAGCUGGAACCAAAUUGUCAGAGGAUUGUUGCAAAUACGGAUCUGAGAACAUCAACGAUGAGAUUCUCUCCAAGGCCGCAUCUAUCUAUGGCGAUGCUCGUAGACAUGUGGAAAAGGAACAAGAAGACUUCAACAGAUUGAUUUUUUCCCAGAUUUUAGAACCCUUGAGAUCAAUGAUAAAUGGGGCCCCUUUGGAAGAUGCUCGUCAUCUUGCACAGAGGUAUAGUCGAAUGAGACAAGAAGCAGAGACUCAGGCUACAGAGGUUUCCAGAAGACAAGCACGAGUGCGCGAAGCUCCUAUUGCAGAAAAUGUGACGAAACUGCAUGCUUCUGAAGCCAGAAUGCAGGAGCUUAAAGGAAACAUGGCGAUACUUGGUAAAGAAGCAUCAGCUGCAUUGGCUGCUGUUGAAUCCCAGCAGCAAAGACUGACAUUCCAAAGGCUUGUUGCACUGAUUGAAGGCGAAUUGACUUAUCAUGAGAGGGUAGCUGCAAUUCUUCGUGAAAUUGAAACUGAGAUUGUCUCCGAGAAACAGCGGAAAGAGUCUGCUCCUCCUGUUAUUGCAGCUAAUCUUUUCUCUGGAAAAACGAAGUACUUUUUGGCUGAGGCGACACAUGCCUUUGAUGCUGCAUCAGAGAAGGAACUGAGUUUGUCUGUAGGGGACUAUAUUGUCGUUCGACAGGUUAGUUCGUCGGGUUGGUCAGAAGGAGAAUGCAGAGGUCGAGCUGGCUGGUUUCCAUCAGCAUAUGUUGACAAACGGGACAGGCUUCCUACAACUAAUGGUUCCUCGGAAGUUUAUUGAGUUCACUACAUUGUUUUGCAAGUACACAUAUCCAAGUCGAUAAAACAUUUCUAUAUCAAUGUGCAGAUAUUUUUUAGAUUUUGUAUACAGUAACCUGUAGUAUGUAAUGUUGUUUCUGUUAUUUUUCUUCCCAAAGUGUGAUUUAUUAACAUAUUUAAUUUUAUUCAUUUGAUCCA